AUGGCAACGUCGCAAGCAAGCUCGACAGUCGAGGUCCGCGGGACGAAGCGUCGACGCCUCGAGACCAAUGGCUCGAACGACGCCGCGCCUUCCAUCGCGCAGUCAAUGGAGGUCGACGCGACGGCGCUCGGUGGACCGUCGACGGCCUCCCUUCUCACGCGGCUCGAGAAGGUCGAAUCGACGCUCGAUACGGUUCUGACCGACAUCUUUCGGAAGCUGCCAACGCUCGUCGCCGACGCGGUGCAGACCAAACUGGCGGCCCACGGAUCGGCCCAGCUGGACGGCGUCUUUCACGACUUGCGCAGCACCGUCGAGACGUGCCUGCAAGAGGCGCUGCAGAAACUUCGCCCGGAACUCGGUUCGCCCUCGGCCGCCGCUGCAUCUGGGCCAUCUUCAGCGUCCUCAUCCUUGUCCUUAUCGACGCCGACACCACCGCCGACGUCUUCGCGUCGCACGCCGAUCCCGCCGCCGCGGUUUGAGUGGGGUGGGCGGAUCCACCCGGUGCCGCAAGACUUUACUCUGCCCAAGAUGACUGUCUUGCAUCUGUGGCGUGCAUGGUUUAGCGGCAUUCCAGACAGCGGCAUGGUGCCGCUGCAGCAGCUCUCAACGCGCAACCUACCAGUCCCCGCCGACGUGGCCCGGUUCUCCAAGGCGCGCCGGGUCGUCGCCUUCAUUGCAUCGAGCGGCGGUGCUCCGAGCCUUGCCAAGCUGGCGACGUCCGAGGCGUCGGCGCGCGAGAACGUGUUUGAAAUCGGCUGUCGACGCGCCGCCGCAAAGUUUCGCGCCUUUUCCGCAAGCCCGGACGCGGCGCUGCGCACGUUCCACGACCUGAGCUACGCGACGUGCUACGACGCAAUUCGAAAACUCGAAAAGGCAGAUGCGCCGUCGGGACAGGAAUAG